AACUUUAUUAGACGGCUUCUUCGGAAAGAAACGUUGCCCAAGAGCCUUCAUCUUCAGUCUGUUGUCCAUCUCCAUCUCCAUCUUCGGUAUGCCCAACAGCACGGGUUUCGCUUGGGUAGAUGAAAGAAAGGCUUAUCACCAAACAUGAUGCUUUGCCAAAGCCAGUCAAAAUUUGCAGUGAUCAACGACCUUAAAGUUUCUCUGUUUCAAAGGCUUGAAGAACUCGGGAUCUUGUGAGAUGGUGUUGGAGACGAUCACCAAAUUAGCAUCAGGAAAGAAGCAAAAGCCUUGCUCCACUACAUUCGGAGAAAAAACCCUCAGUGAGUAAAAGAAGAAGAAGAAGCAGAAGAGGAGGAAGAGGAUGGCGGGAUAUGAGAGCUACGUGGUCGUUCACAACAUAGCAAAGCGUCACAACGUCGGUACACUAGCUCGAAGCGCCACGGCGUUCGGUGUAACGGAGCUGAUCCUCGUGGGGCGCCGUGACUUCAACGCCUUUGGAAGCCAUGGUUCGGCUUCUCACGUCCGUUUCCGACACUUUCACUCCCUAAUCGAAGCUCGCAACUACCUCAAGGAGGAGAAAGAGUGCGAUAUAUGCGGCGUUGAGAUUGCAGAGGGAGCUGCUCAGGUCAACGACCAUCCUUUCAAAGGAAACACUGCCUUUCUUCUCGGUAAUGAGGGAUCAGGAUUAUCUGCCAAAGAGUAUGAGAUAUGUGACUUCUUUGUCUACAUUCCUCAGUAUGGCUGUGGCACUGCCUCCCUCAAUGUUACUGUUGCAGCUUCUAUUGUCUUGCAUCAUUUUGGAGUCUGGGCGGGGUUUUCUGAACGUGUCCGAGAUGGAAGCAAAUUCAUAGUUGCUGAUAAACCCGUUAGGCAAGGGAGACGGAAUUUCUGUGCUGGUACAGAAGAAUCCAUCGUUGAAGAGCGGAAGCUGAGGAAAGAAAGCGCAGAAAACGGCUUCUUUGAUGAAAACGGAAGCGAAACUUCAUCCACCGACCUUCUGAACGGUUUGUUCCUUGACGAAUAGUUGUCUUUCAAUAAGGAACAUAGUCUUGAUUUUUUGGUUCAGAUUCCGGGGAAGAUCAAGACCAUUCCCUUAGAUAUAUAUAUAUAUAUAUAUAUAUCAAUCAAGCAGAGUCAGCUCCUUCCUUAGUUUACAAAGCCUCUAUAAUCUUUGUUUUGCAAGUAGAGGUUGCUGAUGGUUUAAGUUGAUAGUCGUAUCUCUUUGCUCUUGUGUUGGUAUUAGUAUGAACAUGUUUGAUGAUGGUGAUCGUAGUUUCUCUUUGCUCUUGU